AUGAUCGCUUUGGACCAGUUAUUUUUUAAACAGUGUACAUCAACGGUUAGUUUUGUUUUUAUGAUAUACAACUUAAGUGCCCGCUGCUACAGUUUCUCGAUGUCUUCUCUGGCUUGUACAGAGUUUUACAAAAAAGAUGGUCUUCUAAUCCUAGAUGGAGGGCUGGCUACUGAACUCGAAGCACAAGGUCUCAAGUUACAGGGGGAUCCUCUGUGGAGUGCCAGGAUUUUGCAUAGUAAUCCCCAGGCUAUAAGAGAUGCACAUUACAGAUUCCUUCUCAGUGGUGCUGAUGUUAUCACAACAGCCACAUACCAAGCAAGUAUUGUGGGUUUUAUUGAGCACCUUGACAUGACAUCAGAACUUGCCAGCGAGCUGCUAAUGUCUGGAGUUCAUCUGGCAAAAAAGACAGUGAACCAAUAUGUAUCUGAAAAACAUCCUAUAGAAAGAAAGAACCCUCUAGUUGCAGGCUCUGUGGGACCCUAUGGGGCAUUUCUGCAUAAUGGUUCAGAGUACUCAGGGGCUUAUGCAGAUAAAAUGAGUAUUGAGGAGCUUAAAGCUUGGCAUCGGCCACAUAUCAGCUGUUUGGCUGCAGCAGGAGCUGAUCUUAUUGCUUUGGAGACAAUCCCAAGUAUUAAAGAGGCAGAGGCUCUGGUGGACUUGCUCAAAGAAUUUCCUAAUUCAAAAGCCUGGCUCUCCUUCUCUUGUAAGGAUGGGAAGUGUAUAUCUGAUGGUAGCCCAUUCACAGAGGCUGUCAAGAUUGCCAAUAGAUCCAGGCAGUUGAUUGCUGUGGGGGUCAAUUGCUGUACACCAACUUUGGUUAAGCCCAUCCUGGAGUCUGCCAGGUUACUGCUAAAUCCAGAUCUUUGCUGGGUUGUUUACCCCAACAGUGGAGAAGAGUGGGAUAAAGACCAUGGGUGGCGUACAGCAGGGAAAACAUCAAUAGAUGAACUGAGUAUUGAAUGGAUGAAGCAAGGUGCAGGACUGAUAGGAGGCUGCUGUCGAAUCACUCCUGCUCACAUUGCUGAGUUAAGGCAACAACUACAAGGACGCCAUAGAUUCCAAGCUUCAGUUAUGGAAUAACAUUAAAAAAAUAUAACUUGUACAAAUAAUUUCAAACUCAAGAUUUCAUGCAGAAAUAAACGUUUCUUUUUCCUUUCUCCUGUCUGAAUGAAAGCGAUCCUGGGAGAGGAUGAUUGAUUCAGGACUUUCUA